UUUCAGGAUGAGGAUCCUUAUUGGAAGCCUUCAUUUCUACUCCAUUUCCUUCUUCCUCAGUGGAGCAAAUGGAUUUGUAACGGAGGGAACACCUACAGCCUACACCUUCCCCUUCUACAGCUACUCCUACCUGAACCUCUCUUCUAUAGCAGAAGCAGGAGCUCCCAAAACAGCCAGAGCUCUCAAUUUCUCACACAAUGCAAUAGAGAAGGUAACCAGGAGAGACUUGGAAGGUUUUGGCAUGUUGGAAGUCCUAGACCUUUCCUACAACCGGAUUAAAGACAUUGACCCGGGAGCGCUGGAGAGCCUGCACCGCCUCACUGCUCUGGACCUGUCGUUCAAUGACAAGGAACUGGUCGUGCCGGCUCUCCCACCCCACCUGAAGCUGGCACCCACCACCAAGCCCUCAGGGGCUGCUCCGGAGCCUUCUGCACCCACCGAGGAGCUGUUCCAUGCGGCUGUCCUGCAGGGUGCUGGUCCGGGGCUCGGAGGGAGCGCAGGGAACGUGCCUCGAAGAGGAGAGGAAAACACAACGGGCUCUUCCAGAGGGGGAAGCGGAGCCGUCUCUCCCACAGCCUCCUUGAGGCCCAGUUUCUGUGGAGAACCAGUAAACGGGACACUGGAUCUGUCCAACAGCAAACUGUCCGAGGAGGAGCUGAUGGUAAAGCUGGACCCGGAGCUGUGCCAAGCUCAGCUGGACCGUGUUCUGGAGCUUGACGUUAGUCACAGUGCCCUGGAAAUGGAUCUGCUGUCGCUGUUCGUCCUGUUCCUGCCCAUGAAGAACCUGCAGUGGGUUGAUGCCAGUUACAACAAACUGACAAUUAACAUCCUAGACGUCGAGAGCAUCUGCACCUUCCCCUUUGACAAGUUCUGGUUUGUCAAUAUCAGCAACAACCCCAUCAACAGCCUGGACACGCUGUGCCUCCCCACAACCAUCAAGGUCAUUGACUUGUCCUUCACCAACAUAAGCCAAAUACCCCAGAACUUUGCUAAGAAGAUGCUGAACCUGGAGAACAUGUACGUGCAGGGGAACCACUUCAUCUACACCGUGCGGCCGGAGCUCCCCGACCCGCUGGCAAAGCCUCCCCCUGGAUCUGUGAGCAUCGAGGCCAUCUCCUUAGUCAGGAACCAGGCUGGGACCCCCAUCGAGAGCCUUCCCAAGAACGUGAAGCACCUCAAGAUGUCCAACUGCUCCAUUGUGGAACUGCCAGAGUGGUUUGCUGGCACCAUGGAGGCACUGCUAUACCUGGAUCUCAGCAGCAAUCGGAUUGCGGCGCUUCCCAGCUUACCUCCCUCCCUGCGGCACCUCGAUGUAAGCAGCAGUGACAUCAAGGUGAUACCCCCCGGUUUCAAAUCCAUGUCCAACCUAACCGUAUUUAUCAUUCAGAACAAUCAAGUCACAGAUAUGCACCCCGAGUACUUCCCGUUGACUCUAACCACAUGUGACAUCAGCAAGAACAAGCUGAACCUGCUGCCGUUAACCCAGGCCCUGGAGAACCUCCAGCACCUCAAUGUUUCUGGGAACCUCAUCGCCAGGCUGGAGGCCACCGGCCGUCUUCCUGCCCUCACCAGCCUGGACAGUAGCCACAACCUCAUUGCAGAGCUCCCCGAUGACUUUGGGCAAUCCCUGCCCAUGCUGAAACACUUCAAUCUCUCCGGGAACAAGAUCUCCUUCCUGCAGCGGGGGGCUCUCCCGGCCUCCCUCCUCGAGCUGGACAUCAGCGACAACGCCAUCACCACCAUCGUGGAGGACACUUUUGGCCAGCUGAGGCAGCUCAGCGUUCUCACUGUUCAAGGCAAACACUUCUUCUGUAACUGUGACCUCUACUGGUUCCUCAACGUCUACAUCCACAGCCCCCAGCUCCGCAUCCGCGGCAGAGAGAGCCUCAGGUGCAGCUUCCCACCAGAGAGAAGGGGCCAGCUGGUGGAGAGCAGCCGCCUCACGCUCCUGCACUGCUCCCUGGGCAUCCAGAUGGCCAUCACUGCUUGUGCUGCCAUCCUGCUGGUGCUGGUGCUGACGGGCUUGUGCUGGCGCUUCGACGGGCUCUGGUACGUCAGGAUGGGCUGGUACUGGUGCAUGGCGAAGAGGAAGCAGUACGAGAAGAGGCCAGAGAACAAGCCCUUCGACGCCUUCAUCUCCUACAGCGAACCCGACGCAGAAUGGACCAAAGAGAAUCUGCUGGGCAAGCUGGAACGGGACGGGUUCAAGAUCUGUUACCACGAGAGGGAUUUCAAACCGGGGCACCCCGUUCUCGGGAACAUCUUUUACUGCAUCGAGAACAGCCACAAAGUCAUCUUUGUGCUCUCCCCCAGCUUCGUGAGCAGCUGCUGGUGCCAGUACGAGCUGUACUUUGCCGAGCACCGGGUCCUCAAUGAGAACCAGGAUUCCCUCAUCAUGAUCGUGCUGGAGGACCUCCCGCCCCACAGCGUGCCCCAGAAGUUCAGCAAGCUCAGGAAGCUGCUGAAGAGGAAAACCUACCUCAAGUGGAGCCCCGAGGAGCACAAACAGAGGAUGUUCUGGCGCCAGCUGGAGGCCGUCCUAAAGACAACCAACGAGCCCCUGCUGAGAGCGGAGAACGGAGCCGCUCAGGAUGGGGGCGAGGUGGAGGGGUGCACGGAGGUGUAAAGCUUGUGCAGGGAGGGGUGCACGGAGGUGUAAAGGUUGUGCAG